CGCAUGACAGUUCACGAGUCUUCCUGUUCGCUCGUGGCUAGAGGACGUUGGUGUCACAGACGAGAGGGGCUCUUCAAGUAUUUAAUUUUUCUCUGAAUUAGGAAAAGAAGGAACAGAAACAAAAUGUUUUCCCGUGCCGUGAGACCUACCGUUAGCCUCGUCCGGAGCUUGUCCACUUCCUCUCAGAACAACGCCAAGGUGGCGGUGCUCGGAGCGUCGGGCGGCAUAGGCCAGCCGCUGUCUCUGCUGCUCAAGAAUAGCCCCCUGGUGAGUCACCUGUCCCUCUAUGAUAUUGCCCACACCCCCGGAGUGGCUGCAGACCUCAGCCACAUCGAGACAAGGGCCCAUGUAACCGGCCACAUGGGUCCCGACCAGCUGGAUGCUGCUCUGAAGGGCUGCGACGUCGUGGUCAUCCCCGCCGGUGUGCCCAGAAAACCCGGCAUGACCCGUGAUGACCUUUUCAACACCAACGCCACCAUUGUAGCCACCUUGGCCGAUGCUUGCGCCCGCAACUGCCCCGAGGCCAUGAUCUGCAUCAUCGCCAACCCUGUCAACUCCACCAUCCCUAUUACAUCAGAGGUCAUGAAGAAGCAUGGAGUGUACAACCCCAACAGAGUGUUUGGUGUCACAACCCUGGACAUUGUCAGAGCAAACACCUUCGUGGCAGAGCUCAAAGGCCUUGACCCAGCUCGUGUCAAUGUACCUGUCAUCGGAGGUCAUGCUGGGAAGACCAUCAUCCCCCUUAUUUCCCAGUGCACACCCAAAGUAGAGUUCCCUGCUGACCAGCUGUCUGCCCUGACCGGCAGGAUCCAGGAGGCCGGCACAGAGGUGGUGAAGGCCAAGGCUGGAGCCGGAUCUGCUACCCUCUCCAUGGCUUACGCUGGUGCCCGCUUCACCUUCUCUGUCCUGGAUGCCAUGAAUGGAAAAGAGGGAGUGGUGGAGUGCGCCUUUGUCAGAUCUGAGGAGACGGAGUGCAAGUACUUCUCCACACCUCUCCUCCUGGGGAAGAACGGCAUUGAGAAGAACCUUGGGCUGGGCAAGCUGUCUGCCUUCGAGGAGAAGCUGGUGGCUGACGCCAUAGAUGAGCUGAAGGCUUCAAUCAAGAAGGGCGAGGAUUUUGUGGCUAAUAUGAAGUGAACAGGGGGCAUUAAGUUAGUUGAAAACAAACAGCCGCUGUGAUUGAUAAUUUGUUCCGUCUUAACUAAAAAAGGCAUCUGGGUAUAUCAAGAUCUAUCACAGUGUUUCCUCUCUUUUGUUUUUGUUUUAGCAGUAGGGUCAUCUUGAUUCAGAAGUCCUGCUUUUGACUUUGGUCCUCAUUCCUUUGUAUUAUUUCCCUUAACUUUUCAAACAUGGCUUUAUUUUGCACUUGUGAUUUGUAUACAUGCUGUACUGUGACUUAUCUAUAUUUUGCAAAUGUCAAAUUUAAACAAAAGUAUAUUUUCAUGUACAGUGUACUAGUGAGGAUUUCUCUGCUGACUGAAUGAGGAGGAAAUACUGUCAUCAUGCCUGUUGAUGCAAGUAGAUGUUUCUGAUGAGCAAAAAAUCCACUCCACCAAUAAAACAGUUUAGCUUUAAAAUAUGA